UGAUCUAAACACUAUUGGAUAUGAUCUAAACACUAUUGGAUAUGAUCUAAACACUAUUGGAUAUGGAGAUUAUACCCAGACAGAUAGAUACUCGAGUAUUGCAUAUUUAGCCUAAAAUGAUGAUAACCAAGGCGAUAUCUCAUUAUGAGAUUAACAACAUGAAGAGAGAUAAGGAAAAAUCUUGAUUAGUAGUAUACAGUAUAGCAUACAAAUCAAAUAGGAUAACCAAAACACAGGGUCCAACAAUGUACCUCAUACACAUCGAGACAAAUUGAGUCAGAUCAGUGUUAUUUACAUAAGGCUAGGUUAUACUAAUAUCCAUUGAGGAACUUUCUCCUGGAUUUUAUGCACAUCAUCAGAUAUUGGAUUAAUUAAACAGACAAUGGAUUCAGUGUGCUAUAUGUACUGCACAUAGAGUAAUGCAAGCCUACUUAGAAUCUAAUUUACUAAUGUGGCAGAUACAUUAUUAAUACAAACUCAUGUGGGUUAAAACAAUAAUGAAUUCAUAUUAAACAUUGUGUCAUCACCGUGACAACUAAAUGUUUGUGAUAUAUAAAAUACCGUUGUAAAACAGAAAAUACUGGAUGUACACUGUAUUUGUUAUUCAUGAGUGACAUAGGUCAGUUAUGACGGAUAAAGUGUGACACAUAAAAGAAACAAGUGAUAAAUAGGUGUGACAUAGGAGUUAAUAGAUGUGACACCAAAUUAGUGACAACAUAUCUUGAAAAGUGACGGUUGGAUUUCAACGAGGCGAAAAUGUUGAUCAAGGAAUAUCGCAUCUCGCUGCCUAUGAGUGUAGAUGAAUAUAGGAUCGCCCAGCUGUAUAUGAUACAGAGAAAGAGUCGUGAGGAGAGCCAUGGAGAAGGAAGUGGGGUGGAGAUUAUUACAAAUGAACCUUAUGAGGAUGGCCCAGGGGGAAGUGGGCAGUACACAUUCAAAGUCUACCAUAUAGGCAGUCAUCUACCAGGAUGGCUGAAUCCAUAUUGCCCAAGUCUGCCCUUCAAGUUCAGGAAGAGGCUUGGAACGCAUACCCCUAUACCAAGACUCGCUAUAAAUGUCCCUUCAUUGAGAAAUUCCUCUUAGAGGUGGAAACAAGGUAUACCAAUGAUGGCGGAGACCAGGAAAAUAUGUUCAAUCUCACUGCCACAGAGAAGCGUAACAGAAUACUUGAUUUCAUAGAUAUAGUGAAGGACCCCAUCUCCAGUGGUGACUUUAACAAGGAAGAAGAUCCAAAGACAUUUGUGUCUGACAAGACAAACCGUGGGCCCCUGUUGGAUAAUUGGAGAGAGGAAUACUCAAUAGCAAACAAAGAUCCCAACAGUGGCAAGAAAAUUAUGACAGCCUAUAAGCUCUGUAAAGUUGAGUUUAAAUACUGGGGAAUGCAGAGUAGAAUAGAAAGGUUCAUACAUGACAUAGGUUUACGUAAGACGAUGCUACGAGCCCACAGACAGGCCUGGUGUUGGCAAGACGAGUACUACGGGCUCUCCUUGCAAGACAUUAGGCGUCUUGAGGCAGAAACACAAGAGGCCUUAAAGGAAAAAUAUAAAACAAACAAUCCAGAUGAAAUAAAUAAUGAACUUAAUGAACAGACCACUGGGGGAUUAAAGAAAAUAUUGCCUGUUAAGGAAGAUACAGUUGAUCAGAAAAGUCCACAAAUUUUACAUCACGCAGCAAGCGAGGAUCAAAAUGAGGCUGAUGGAAACAUCGGUGGUGUGUCGCGUGUUGGGUCAGGGAGACGAGCGGCAUGGGGCAGCAGUAAAUCAAAAUCAGCAACAAGCAGAAAGAGUGCCAGGGACUGGAGGGUUGAAAGUAUGGAACAGUUGGUACAAGACGAUUCCUCUGGGGAAGAGGAGUUCUUUGAUGCAUUUGAGGUGUUAGAGGAAGAGCCAGAUGACCAUAGUAAUCCCUCAAUGUAUAGAUCUUCAUCAAUGGAUAUAAUUCCACAACCUGAUGAUAGAGACACAAGUGCCGUAGAGGCUGAUGAGGUAUUCAGCUCAACCAAUGAGAAACAAGAAGACAAACUAUCUGGUAGUGACCAGGGAGGGGAGGGGUCACCAGUCAAUAUGCAACCGUCCAAUUGUAAAACCACCGUCUUGUUCCUUGUGCUCCAUGGAGGCAGUGUGUUAGAGACAAGCAGCCACGAGCACCAGAGCCAUAAACAUAAUGACAUAAGUAUUCUAAAGUCAACCCUUGACCAUGUCAUACGUGCCUACUACCCAUCUAUACACAAUCGCAUAGCUGUACGUCUUGUGUCCUGUCCUCCUAUAUGUUCGGAGACCUUACGGGUCCUCUCUAGUUUAAGUCCAUAUGGAUUUGAUGCUCAAUCACCCGAUGCCAUGGAUAACUCCUUUGCCAAACGUAGCGACUUCAUUCCCAUAGGAGCUCUGGCCCUGUUUGCCACAAACAGCCCUGAGUAUCAUGACAUUGUUACCACGGUGAUCUCCAGGGCUAACUAUGUAUACAGCGACUUUCUGAAGUCAGAGGAGGGGCUAGGCUUUAAUGGGCAGGUGUGCUUAAUAGGUGACAGCACUGGUUCAGUGAUUGGCUAUGAUGCACUUUGUCGCUGUUACUAUAGCAACAGUUCCCGUGCAAGUAGCAGGGAAAAUCUGCCACAGGACAUUGAAAAUGACACUUCUAUUUUUCAUAAAAAGUCAAAUCUAGAAACUAUUAAACAACUGAGUUUUAGCAAUCCGGAUUUAUUAUCGCAAUCUCCGACUGAAUCCCUCGAGGAAAAGCAGAAACGUUGCAGUGAUAGUGAACCGCGUGAUAUGGAGAAUGAUUUACUAAAGCGCCCUCCAGUGACAGUCCGACAUCUUUCCCUCCCAUGCUCUAGACGGACAAGUUCAAGUAGUCAACCGGACUUUGGGGCGAGGCUGGAGUUUGACGUCUCGGAUUAUUUCAUGUUUGGUUCCCCCCUGGCCAUGGUGCUCGCCUUUAGGAAAAUGCACCUUGGAGAGGAUAAAUCUGUGCCUCCCUUACGUCCAAGCUGUCAUCAACUAUACAACUUAUUCCACGCUACUGACCCCUCAGUUGCCCGUCUGGAGCCGCUACUUGUCUCAAAGUUUGCAAAGACAGCACCAAUCAAAGUGUGCCGUUAUCAGAGAUUUCCACUGGGAGAUGGCCAGUCUACACAUGUUGUCACAGAUCGUUGGUGGGGUAACAAGCGUCUUGACUACGCCCUCUAUUGUCCCGAUGCGUUACACAACUUUCCCGUUGCAUCAUUGCCACAUCUGUUCCACGCAAGUUAUUGGGAAUCAACUGACGUCAUAGCAUUUAUGUUGCGACAGGUUGUCCGUCAGGAUGCUAUUGACUCCCAGGGGGAGGAGCCUAGCCAGGAAGUAUCUUUGUUUACCCCCACCCAGCCACGAGAAAAAUGGCUGCGAAGAAGGACCACAAUUAAACUCAGGAAUGUUGCCCCGAAUCACAGAGCAAAUGAUGUAAUUGUACUAGAGGAUAAGCCACAGGUAUUAGUAGCAAGGUUCAUGUAUGGACCCUUAGACAUGGUGUCAUUAACUGGAGAGAAAGUCGACAUCCACAUAGUGACACGGCCACCAGAUGGCGACUGGGUAUAUUUCGGCACAGAGGUGACAGAUAGUAAUGGCAGAGUUACAUUUACCGUCCCUGUAGACAAACAGUUACCCCAGGGGAUGUACCCUGUCAAGAUUGUCGUUAGGGGAGACCACACUUCAGUUGACUUCUACAUGUCAGUGCUGCCACCUUUAACUGAAAGUGUAGUAUUCAGUAUAGAUGGCUCUUUCACUGCAAGUGUCUCCAUUAUGGGCAAAGAUCCCAAAGUGAGAGCUGGGGCAGUGGAUAUUGUCAGACAUUGGCAGGAACUAGGGUUUCUCAUCAUCUAUAUAACAGCUAGGCCAGACAUGCAACACAAGCGUGUUGUAGCGUGGCUUGCACAGCACAACUUCCCGCAUGGUAUGGUCAGCUUCAUGGAUGGUCUAUCAGUGGAUCCUCUAAGGCAGAAGGCUGACUACAUGAAGUCUCUCAUAAAGGAGGCAAAGAUUACAAUUCAUGCUGCGUAUGGUUCAAGUAAAGAUAUCUCAGUGUACCAAGCUGUCGGAAUGAACCCUAGUGGAAUAUACAUUGUAGGGAAAGCAUCAAAGAAACAGUAUACACAGGCACAAGUUUUGGAGGAUGGUUAUGCUGCACACUUGGAACAACUCACAUCACAUGGAGGAUCAAGAGCGGCUGUUGGAAAUGCUAGACUUUUCCUUCGUAAACAAUGCUUUGGACUUCCGGGACAAAAACGUAAAAGCAUAAGGAAACGAUCUGUCAAAAAGACAACAUCGUUACCACCAGGUGGUGGACCUAUACACUCAAUGUCACGUGAACAAUCAUUAUCGACAAAACGUCGUAAAUCACCAAGCCGGCCACCAUCAUAUAGCGAAUGUGUGACAACUCCUUCUAUAGGUGUCUCUGAGAGUGGGAAAACAUAUUUGGACGUUGGGACAGCAGGAACGGGGAAAGCAUCACGCUCUCGUGGAAGCUCACCUCGUCCUAAAUUGUCGCCAUUUAGAUAUGAAUCACAGGUUUGAUGCGAGAAAUUACACUGGAAGAAAAGACAGAAGGAGCAGAUUUUCAGGUUUAAUAUGCAUAUUGGUAGACCUUUUUCUACCAGAGUUGGUUAUCCUAUUAAUGGGAAGGUUAUUUUACAUGGAUGUGGAUCAUGAAUUAUCUGUUCUUAAAGUGUUUUUUCUGGCAUCGAACCUGGGAUUCUCAUCUACAUGGGACAAACAGAUACAUGUAUAUAACUUGAGGAUCAUGUCAAAUCUUGUUUUUGUAAUAUACUGUGUGCAUCUGAUAACACGAAUGUACAGGCAAUGUUAGUGGUGGGACUCACACUUAAAACCCAAAUUGGGUCAGAACGCAUAAAAAAACUUUGGAAUUUAGAAAUUUACCACUAGUUGUUGUUAUACUUUAAAAGUAUAAUAUAUUAUUAAGCAUUUACAUUGAUGUAACUGUAAAUGGAUGUGUAUGGUUCGCUACUUAAGUAGCUGUUU